AUGGCGACUUAUAUUUUUGAAACUUGCGGGUCAAUUUUAAAGUUCCGGUUGCCUCAGUUACAAAGUACAAACAACGUUUCUCCAGACACCUCCAGCGUUUCGUUUUCUGAUGACAUUGAGCUCUCUGUCCAAUUUGACGUUCCGGUUGCUUCAGUUGCUGUUCCUGGUGAAACUGAUGACUUCGUGCUUUCUGCUGAAUUCAAAGUGCCGGUUGCCUCAGUUGCUGUUCCUGAUGAAGUUGAUGACGACAGCAGUGUUCUCAUUGAUGAUCCGAGAGUUUUACAUGUUAUUGAAUGCGUGCUCUCUGCCGAAUUUAAAGUUCUGGUUGCCUCACUUGCUGUUCUUGAUGAAAUUGGCGACGACAGCAGUGUUCUCCCUGACGAACUUGAAGUCUCACGUGUUUCUCUUGUUAACGAUUUUGUUAGCUCAAACGAUUCUGUAGAGCUAAAGAUUUUCUCUGUUACGGUGUCUAGAGUGUUCGUAAUUACUGUUCGUAAGCUGGCGGUGGGUCUGUCAGACAGCAAAAUCUCGGCAGUUGUCAUUUUUGGAGAGUUCUUGGUGUCCACCUCUGUAAAUUCUUUUUUGAUUUUUGUUGUUCAGUUUUAA